AAUAAUUUCCCCAGCGCAUCCGAAGAGAUCACUCUACGUGUCAGACUAUCAUCCAUUAUCGACGCCACUGUGGAAGAAUAUACGGUAUAAUUUUCUGGUUAUCCACUUCGAUAGACGGCGAUUUUUAGAGGGAGAUUAUAAAGCCGGAUAAUGGCGUGAGAACUUCAGCCUUGAUUUUACCAGUACUUAAACGCAGUACAGAGUCUUCACCAGCUCCGUGUAGCCAGCGGCAAUGGCAAGUGGCUUCGUUAUUUCCCACCGGAACUUCGGCCCUUUCAUUGGCCCAGGCAUAGUUAGUCAGGCAGAGAGGUCUACAGUUAUUCACGGAGGAAAGAGGUCGGGCUUUACUUCUAUGCAGCAUGUUGUGCACAAGGCCAUUGUAGUGGAUAAGAUUUGCCUUCCAAGGAAAAAGUACUCAUCCGUUGGCUGUAUGUAUCUCUGUGAUGCUUCAAAUGGUAAACUCUGUAAAUCAAAACCACCUUUUCAAGUUGACGCCUGCCAGCCUAGUCAAUCAAGUAUAGUGCACCCUGCGAUAGAUCAUAGACCAGAACUUAGAAGAAGUACACACUGUAAAGAGGUUAGUUCACUUGGCAGCAGUUGCGUCCCUCCAAGGAAGCUGGAAAGUCUUGGUUUCUUUGUCAACCAAAGGCAGGAGAUAAAGCAUUCAGCUCAAAAUCAGGCACAUGCUGACUUUAAAUGUGAUGAGUAUGACAUAGCAGGGGCAUUAGAACCUUUAGUGUCUCCAGAGAGCAGCGAUGUUGUUCUGACAGAAGUAGCAACACCUUCGUGGGAGCAGUUCCCAAAAAGAUGGGUGAUAGUACUUCUUUGUUUUGCUGCUUUUCUGUUAUGCAACAUGGACCGUGUCAAUAUGAGCAUUGCAAUUCUUCCCAUGUCAAAGGAAUACAAUUGGAACAGUGCUACUGUGGGCCUCAUUCAAUCUUCUUUCUUCUGGGGAUAUCUGCUCACACAGAUUGCUGGAGGGAUUUGGGCAGAUAAACUUGGUGGGAAACUUGUAUUGGGGUUUGGAGUAAUCUGGUGGUCUAUUGCAACUGUUUUAACACCCAUUGCUGCUAAGGUUGGGCUUCCAUUCUUGCUCGUCAUGCGUGCCUUCAUGGGUAUCGGAGAGGGUGUUGCUAUGCCUGCUAUGAAUAAUUUACUGUCAAACUGGAUUCCGGUCUCUGAAAGAAGCAGAUCUUUAGCACUGGUAUAUAGUGGUAUGUAUCUCGGUUCUGUCACAGGCUUAGCCAUAUCUCCUGCUUUGAUUCAGAGUUUUGGAUGGCCAUCAGUAUUUUAUUCCUUUGGUUCCCUUGGGAGCAUCUGGUUUGCAUUUUGGUUGAGAAAAGCAUACAGUUCUCCUAAGGAGGACCCAGGGCUUAGUAUGGCUGAGAAGAAAUUAAUCAUGGGAGGAAGUAUUUCAAAAGAACCGGUCACCAACAUUCCAUGGAGGCUAAUCUUGUCAAAGGCGCCUGUAUGGGCUCUUAUUAUCUCCCAUUUUUGCCAUAACUGGGGCACAUUUAUUCUUCUGACAUGGAUGCCUACAUACUAUAACCAGGUGCUGAAGUUCAACCUCACUGAAUCGGGACUAUUUUGCGUGUUACCGUGGCUUACGAUGGCAGUCUGUGCAAAUAUAGGCGGUUGGAUUGCAGACACUCUUGUGAGCAAAGGAUUCUCUAUAACAUCAGUUCGCAAGAUAAUGCAAUCUAUUGGCUUUCUAGGACCUGCUUUCUUCCUUACCCAACUUAAACAUGUGAAGACUCCUGCUUUGGCAGUGUUGUGCAUGGCAUGCAGUCAGGGAUCAGAUGCAUUCUCUCAGUCCGGUCUCUACUCCAAUCAUCAGGACAUUGGACCCCGUUAUUCAGGAGUUCUAUUGGGACUAUCUAAUACAGCAGGGGUUCUAGCCGGUGUUCUUGGAACAGCAGCUACCGGAUACAUACUACAAAAUGGAUCAUGGGAUGAUGUGUUCAAAGUUGCAGUUGCUCUGUACAUCAUAGGCACAUUAGUGUGGAACAUCUUUUCAACAGGAGAGAAAAUUCUUGAUUGAGAGUUGUACGAAAUUAAACAUCUCUCUCAUCAUCCUAUCUUUACUGAGAAAAACCCAACCCCAUGAAAAAGAUGCAAACCAAGUGUUCCAAGAGUGAACCUAAAACACGGUGCAAGUGACAAACUGAAGUGCUGUGCUUCUUGCAACCUGACAGCUGUCUUCCAACAAUUUAAGGAAACCUCCUGGGUUGGAGUUAUUGGAAUGCCUGAAAAUGGACUUUUGUUUUUUCAUUUUUUAAGCCAAGAACUUGGGUACAUGGGAGAUUGCUCAUGUCCUCCCAUGAUCAGUUAAAAUCUUUCUAUUCAUCUGUAAAAUUACUAGUUUAAAAGUCUAUAUGAACCAGCCAUGUUUACUGUAUUUUGCUUGCCUUCACCAUUUGUUGAUCUGUUUUGGCUCAAUUUUAGAUUCGCAUUUUGUUUGCAAGACUAUAAUCUUGUUCCUAUCCAUCAAUCAAAGAUUGUAAGGGAGUUCCUCGGUUCUACCACACUUGAGUUUCAAAUGAAUAUCAAAAUUAAAAGUUUUUU